GUUAAAAAAAAUUAAUGUGGCCACAUAUAAUAUAUUAUUAAAUACAAAAAAAAAAUGAUAAUGUAAAUUAAUGGUACAAUCAUACAAUGUUUUUGCCUACUCCUUAUUGCACGUUUUCGUACACAAAACCCACUAUUUAAGAAACUCAGAGAACAGUCCCCUCUUUCUUGCUCCCUCACUCUGAUUUUCAGUCCCAACAAAUCCAUUCGAAAAAAAAUAAACAACCCAUUGUAUUUUCCUUCAGUCUUCGAGAAUUGGAAAUUAGAUUUGGGUUCAUCACGAAACCAUGGCCUUCUUCAUCCACCUUCUGCAACUCCUCAUCUGCUGUCUCUCUGUGAAACAGAGCCUCUGUUUUUCUUCAACUCAGGCGCUUAUUUUACCCCUCAAAACCCAGGCGGGUUUGGUUUCGCAGCCUUCUAAUAAGCUCAGCUUUCAGCAUAAUGUCACUUUGACUGUUUCCUUGACCGUUGGAUCGCCUCCUCAGCCCGUCACCAUGGUUCUCGACACAGGGAGUGAACUCUCAUGGCUUCACUGCAAAAAAUCCCCAAAUUUGAGCUCUGUUUUUAACCCACUUUCCUCCACUUCUUACACGCCAAUCCCCUGUUCUUCCCCCACUUGCCGGACCCGAACCAGGGAUUUGCCAAACCCGGUUUC